AUGGAAGAUCCUAAUGAUUCCCAGGGCGUCCCACUGCCCUCAGACACCCCGAGGAGGCAGCGACAGGAGCGUACUGUCUACACCAAAGAACAGCAGAACAAGCUAGAAAAACACUUUAAGAUGAAUAAGUACCCCACCCACGAGGAACGCCAAAUCCUGGCAGAACGACUCAACCUGCAGGAGCACCAAGUGCAGGUGUGGUUCAAGAACCGCAGGGCCAAAGAGUCUCGGCAGCAACUGCGGCAACUAUCCGGAGGCCAUGGCCAGGGAGCCUCCGUUGGGCCCACCCUCCCCAGGGCCAGCCACAGCAGCGCCAUGUUCCCGCAGCACCGAGGGUUCCGGAGUGCCCCUCUUCCAGUCCUCUCAGGAAUCAUCCCCGCAGCAGAACCCACCACCGACUGCAGCCGCCACCAAGCCUGGGGGCACCCAGGGUACAGGGCCCAGGAGAGCGUCCCUAAGACAUUCCGUUAUCACAUCUCUGAGCUCCUCUUACCCUGAGACCCCUCCCAUGUCUCCUCUGUCUCCAUCACCUCAUCUGGGCACCAAGAGGGGAAUGAUUUUGUGGACAAAAAAGACUCAGGCUCUUAG